UAAAAUUACUCCAAAACCCUUCUCCCUCUCACUCUCCGCUCUCCGUUCUCCACUCUCCAAUCUCUCUCUCGUUUCUCUCUCUAAAUCCAAGAGGAAGAAAAUGGAUUACUUCUCUCUCUUCUUCACCGCGUCCCUCCUCGCCUUCGGCCUCUACUGGUUCAUCUGCAUCCUCGGCUCCGCCGAGCAGAAGGGCAAGUCCGCCGUCCACCUCUCCGGCGGCUCCAUCUCCGCCGACAAGGUCGGCGAUAAGUACAACCAGUACUGGUCCUUCUUCCGCCGUCCCAAGGAGAUCGAGACCGCCGACAAGGUCCCCGCCUUCGUCGACACCUUCUACAACCUCGUCACCGACAUCUACGAGUGGGGCUGGGGCCAGUCCUUCCACUUCUCCCCUUCGCUACCCGGCCGCUCCCACCGUGACGCUACCCGCGCCCACGAGGAGUUCGCCGUCGACCUCCUCAAUGUCUCCCCCGGCAGCCACAUCCUCGACGCUGGCUGCGGCGUCGGCGGCCCGAUGCGAGCGAUUGCCUCCCACUCCGGCGCCCGCGUCGUCGGCAUCACCAUUAAUGAGUACCAGGUCAAGCGCGCCCGCCAGCACAACAAGAAGGCCGGCCUCGACAAGCAAUGCGAGGUUGUCUGCGGCAACUUCCUCAACAUGCCUUUCGAGAGCUCCUCCUUCGACGGCGCCUACUCCAUUGAGGCCACCUGCCACGCCCCCAAACUCGAGGAGGUCUACUCCGAGAUCUUCCGCGUCCUCAAGCCCGGGGCCCUCUACGUCUCCUACGAGUGGGUCACCACCGAGCUAUUCCGCGCCGACAACCCUGAGCAUGUCGAAACUAUCCAGGGGAUCGAGCGAGGGGACGCCCUACCCGGCCUCAGGAGCUACGACCAGAUUGCCGAGAUUGCCCGGAAGGUCGGGUUUGAGGUCGUGAGGGAGAAAGAUCUCGCGAAGCCGCCUGCUGGCCCGUGGUGGAGCAGGCUCAAGAUGGGCCGGAUCGCCUACUGGAGGAACCACAUCGUAGUCACAGUGCUCGCAUGGCUCGGGAUCGCCCCGAAGGGCGUGGUGGACGUCCACGAGAUGCUCUUCAAGACUGCGGACUACUUGACCCGGGGAGGAGAGACCGGGAUCUUCACCCCGAUGCACAUGAUUCUUUGCAGAAAGCCCGAGACCGCGAACUAGGCCAGCCUGCAAUCAUCCUUGAAGGAAGAAAUCAAAGGGAAAAAAAAACAAAAAAGAGGUUCUUAAUUUUGUUCCUCCCCCUGCCCGUUUGAAACUCCUGUCGUGGUUUAUGGCUUAUUGAGUUUUACCUUUCCUUUAUUAUUGUCCUCCUUCCUUCUCUUUUCUUUUUCCCUUGCAAUUGGGUAGGCUUUGCUCCUGUAGGGUUCUUUAAGAUGUAUUGGAUUUUUAAGGUUAUUCUUAAGUUGUUGAUGAUUUUGGUCUUGUUUGAUGGAGCCUCUGGAUGGAAGUAUUGAUGUAGGAGUUGAAAGAGAGGAACUUGGAAAACAAAGCUUGCAACUUUAAAAGUCUGAUGAUCUAUCAAUGAAGAAAGAAUGAUCUAACUUGGCCAUUGA